AUGUAUAAGCUGGGGAGAGGAAACCGCGACAAGGUGCAGCAGUUCAUGACCAUAACCGGCGCCAGUGAGAAGGUUGCCCUUCAGGCACUGAAAGCUAGUGAUUGGCACUUGGAAGGAGCUUUUGACUUCUUCUAUAGCCAACCUCAGAUUUCUGCGGUCAAUACUCGGCAUCUUGAAGAUAUUUUCAACCGAUAUAAAGAACCUGAUGGUGAUAUGAUCAUGGUGGAAGGAAUAUCUCAACUUUGCAAUGAUCUGCAGGUGGAUCCACAGGAUAUUGUCAUGCUUGUCAUAUCAUGGCACAUGAAAGCCGCCACAAUGUGUGAAUUUACUCGUCAGGAAUUCAUUGGUGGACUGCAGUCAAUUGGGGUAGAUUCAAUCGAGAAGUUUCGUGGAAAAUUACCAUCAUUACGAGCUGAGCUAAAAGAUGACAAUAAUUUCCGUGAUAUAUACAACUUUGCAUUCACUUGGGCAAGGGAAAAGGGCCAAAAGUCUCUCUCACUGGAGACUGCUAUUGGAAUGUGGCAGUUGCUAUUUGCUGAAAGGAACUGGCCUCUUCUCGAGCAUUGGUGUCAGUUUUUACAGGUCAGGCACAAUAAAGCCAUAUCUAGAGACACAUGGGCCCAGCUGCUGGAAUUUGUAAAGACGAUCGAUCCACAGUUAUCCAACUAUGACGACGAAGGUGCCUGGCCCUACCUCAUAGACGAAUUUGUGGAAUACCUGACUGAGAAUGGAUUCGUCCAGCACACCUUGCUGUUCGACGGAGGAGAGACGGUCCGCUUGCUGCUUGGCGGAGGCGCCGGCGCCGGCGCCGGCGUCGCCGUCGGCAAAGGAUUGUGCUUCUCUCAUCGUCUUCGUUGCUUACUGAAGCUGUACAGGCGUACUGUCAUUCGUGUCUCCCAGAAUGACACUGGCUUAGGGCGUAGAGAUGAUGUCACUGUUGAUGCCACUGAUCAAUGGUGGGAAGACAACACUAAGGGCCACCCAGACUGGAAGAAAUGCAAGUGGGGAUGGCCAGAGUACAUAGACCAAUUGGAACAAAUGUUCCAAGGUGUAGCUGUUGAUGGCUCAACCUCAUUUGUUGCUGGAGAAAGUGUCACUGUGGAUGAGGAAGAGGAGGAGGAGACAACUGAGGAUCCUGAUGUGCACACUCCAGUUAGCAUCGGUAGCCACAAGAGAGCAAGCAGCACAAGCACCACUGGCUCUAGUCUGCGCAAGAAGAGCCCAUCAAUUCGGGCCAUGAACAAGUACAUGAGCGACAACGCUAAGAUUGAAGCUGAGAGGAAUGAGUACUUCAAGCAACAUUUGGCAGCAAAGCAACAGAAGGAGGCUGCCAAAUAUGAAAAGAUUAGGCUAGUGCGGAAGUUGGCUAGAGAGUGCGGUGUAGAGGAGACAAACCGACAUAUGUGGUUUGCUGUGCACAUGAUCUGCAAUGAAGAAAAUAGUAUGGAGUUCUUCAUUGGAACAUCUACACUAGAAGGAGGGCUGGCCUUCAUUGAGCACUAUGCCAGGGUUAACCACCUUAUCUAG